AUGUCUGUCGUGUCACUUCUUGGCGUUCGGGUGAUGAACAACCCCGCCAAAUUCACCGACAAGUACGAGUUUGAGAUCACAUUCGAGUGCCUUGAGAACCUUGAGAAGGAUCUCGAGUGGAAGCUGACCUACGUCGGAUCUGCUACCUCCGAUCAAUAUGACCAGGAGCUAGACUCCCUUCUUGUCGGCCCCAUUCCGGUCGGAGUCAACAAAUUCGUCUUCGAGGCCGAGGCUCCCAACACCACUCGCAUCCCCGACGCCGAUGUUCUUGGCGUUACGGUCAUCCUCCUCACCUGCGCCUACGAUGGCCGCGAAUUUGUGCGCGUCGGAUACUACGUCAACAACGAGUACGACUCGGAUGAGCUCAACGCUGAGCCACCUGCGAAGCCGAUCAUUGAGAGAGUGAAGCGAAACGUCCUCGCCGAGAAACCACGAGUGACCCGCUUCGCUAUCAAAUGGGACUCUGACGCCUCUGCACCCCCUGAAUUCCCUCCUGAGCAACCCGAGGCCGACCUUGUUGCGGACGAGGAAGAAUACGGUGCUGAGGAAGCCGAGGAGGAGGCUGCCGAUGAUGCUGCUGAAGAAGCCGCCGCCAAAGAAAAGGGCGAAGACGAUGAGAUGGCUGGCGUUGAGAGCGAGCACCAGAACGGACAUGGUCACGAUCAGGAGGAGGACGAGAUGUCCGAGGAUGGCAGCGUUGACAUUGAGGGCGAAAGCGAAGACGAGAUAGAGGAAGAGGAAGAGGGCGAGGGCGGCGCGGAUGGUGACGAUGAUGCCAUGGAGGUUGAUGGUGCCGCGGCCGCUCACAACCCUGUUUCAGUCGUGUCGUAA